AUUGAAUUGAAUAUUAAAGUUAUCAUCAGAUUUAAAGGAAUGGCAGAGUAUUCAGACUAUUCUAUAGAAACAAAGUUGAAGUUUAUUGAUUGAUUAUAAUCAAAUAAAUAACAAUAAAUUUUAUAUUAUUGACUUUGAAUAAGCAGAUAUAAAUGAUAAAAUGAAUGGAUUUUAGAAAAUAGAAAAAAACUACAAAAAUAUUUUUGGAUAUUUAAGGAUUUAGAUAUUAUAAUGAAGUAAAUAGUAUUAAAUGAGUAAAAUGAUUUAUCAAGAUAUUAGCUAUCGUCAUUAAAACUGCAAUUCAACUCUAUAAAUUGCAAUAAAAAUAAAAAUAAAAACAUUAAUAAUCAUAAAAAAAUAUAAAUGAUAAACUUUGUGGAUACAUAUGAAGAUCAAAAAGUAGAUAAGUUUGAGGAAGAACUUGAACUGUUUGGUUUUUCUAGUUCUCCAAAUACACUACAUUUGUCUGAUUAAGUAUAAAGCUAUUGUGUAGAUUCAGGUAUAUAAUAUCAUAAGAAUUUUCUUAGAUUCGAAUUUAUCAACUCCAUAAGAGUAGUAAAUUCAAAAUAUAAAAUUUCCAAUUCAAAGAAGACGUCCUCCUAAAAGAAUUCAAUACACUUAUCAUAAGAAAAAGAAGCGCCCUGCUCCAAAACCGAUUAUUCACAUAAAAGAAAAUGGAUUGAAGGUGUGCCUUGUAAUGGAGAAACCUAAAUCAAAUGCUCAUCCUUUUUCUAAUAUUGAAGAUAAAAGAAUUUUAGAACUCGUUCUUAAGAUAGGACCGAAGUUUUAUAAAAUAUCAAAAUCAUUUCCAGGCAAGAGUGUCAGCAUGGUUAAGAAUCGGUAUUACAAAUACCUUCGUUAUAGAUGGGAUGAAGUUAUGGGAAGGUAAUUUUAAUUUAACUAUCUUUUAGUGAGUAUAGAUACAUGAAUUCUCUACCAGAAGAUCAUUCUUAUGAAGGAUAAAAUGGAUUCAGAUCAAGUGACUUUAAUGAUGAACAUGAUUCUGAAUGCUGAAUAUGUUCAAGAAAAUCAGUAUAGUGACUAUAUUUUUUGUUUACAUCGAGUU